AUGCCUAAAACAGUUUCUCGAAAGCGUCGAGCUUCUCACAUGGAUGACGACAAGGAGAACCACCCUCCAGCCGUUGAUUCUGAAUCUGCGACUACAGGAAUGACCUUGAUGAAAUCGAAACACAAGAACGCAAGAGAUGGGAAGCUCGCAAGACAAUCGGUAGAAAAAGACCCGGGACGGACAUCCAGCCAGCUGCCUAGCACACCAACCAGCAAAGUUACCAAGCCUAGCAUUCGUGAUCGGCGACCAACGCCUGGGAGAAAGGUUCCUCCGCGUGGUUCUCCGCCAAAUGCAUUCCGGCCUGAGAUCGACCCUGAACGAAUGAGGAAUCCAAAGCCGCUGCCGCCACCAGCAAAGAAACGUGGGAAUUCUGGCCCAAAUGAUGAUCGAUUUAAGAAAGAAGCGCUCAGAGAUCCCAAUCAUACGUUCCACGAUCUAUAUGUUUGCUAUAAGAAAGGUCCCCGCGGCUCUCCAACUUAUGAUCGCGCAUGGUUCCAGCUCGACUACCAUAAGGUAGCGGAGUGGAUGAAACCAAAAGUCUACAACAAGCGCAGUAUGAUGCGAAGCAUGGAGAUAUACGUUGAGAGAGCGCAGCAAGAGCAAACCAAGAUGGCGGAGAUUUUCUUUCUAAGUGGCACAGUUCCCAAAGACGUCCCUGCGCGCGACGUAGCCAUGUGGAAGGAUCGAGUGUCUAAAGACCUGGACAUCCCCUUCCACAAAAUCGAUGUUGCCGCGUUCGAAGAAUGGGAGAGAAGAGGGUUCGAAAAGCAAUUGCCCUCGGAUUGGACUUGGACGUCGCUCUCUGAUGAGGAGAAGGAGAGACUGUUCAGGCUAGGAGACGGGCUCUCGCUGAGAAAAUGA